AUGCCUUUCUCCCACCACUCGCACUCAGGAGAAUUCUGUCCUAGCCAUGCCCAAAACACCUUGGAGGAAGUGAUACAGACUGCCAUAUCACAAGGUAUGGAGGUAUUUUGUUUGAGCGAACAUAUGCCGCGCUCCAGUGACGAAUUAUACGAAGAAGAAAUCGAGGCCGGCGUAACUUCAUCAUCUCUGGUCAGCAAUGAGGCAAAGUAUUUCAUGACAGCGAUCCAGCUACGGGAAAAAUAUGCCUCCCAAAUCAAGAUUCUCAUAGGAUUCGAAUCGGAAUGGAUUCGGAGCGACACUUCACUAAGACUCAUACAUGAGUCGCUGUCUCGGUAUCCUUUUGAGUUCUUUGUUGGUUCGGUGCACCAUCUCCAUGGAAUUCCCAUUGACUGGAGUCGAGAGCUAUAUUCGAAGGCACGAGAGAUUUCCGGCGGAACAGAUGAGCGUAUCUUUGAAGACUAUUUCGAUGUUCAUUUUGAAAUGUUGCAAAAUUUGAAACCUAUGAUCGUGGGCCAUUUUGACUUGAUUCGGCUUCACUCUGAUAACCCAAACGCACCCGAUGGAGGGUUUCGGAGAUGGACAGAUGUGUGGCAGAGAGUGAUGCGAAAUCUAAAAUAUAUAUCAAGCUACGGAGGGCUUCUAGAGCUGAAUUCAGCUGCACUGCGGAAAGGGCUUGAGACGCCGUACCCUGCAGCGGAGAUUUGCCAGGUUCAGGAAUUUCUUGCCUUAAAUGGUCGAUUCUGUCUUUCUGAUGACAGCCAUGGCAUCGCUCAUGUUGGGGCUAUGUAUGAGGAGAUGUUGAAAUACGUGGAAGAGCAGGGAAUUCAGAAGCUCUAUUUCCUGGAGUUGGCCCCUGACGGGACGCAUAAGGGGUUGGAUCUAAGGUUUCCGCGGACGUUGGUGAAGUGUUGUUCUCUGGCAGAGGUGAAGAAAUUGGCCUACUGGAAGCAAUGA